CGUCACGUACAAGAAAAUCAACAUCAAAUCGGAUGAACAGGCAAGAAGACUCGAAGAAUGUCGUCAAUGAAUAUGAAAAAAAUUCUUCAAAUUUCAUUUCAGCCGCACAAAUUUCAAUCUAAUGUCCCACACAUUUCUUAUGAAUCAUCGUCUUCCCCAUUCUUCUCCAAGAUUCUAGACUUGUCUAUCAGUACUCUUUCGAUCUCUUUAUUUCCUUCCAUCAUGCCAUGGAUUUCUCCAUCUCCAAAAUCGAACUCGAAACUUUCAAUUUUGAAUCAGUUCUCACAUGGCCACUCUAUCAAUCGCUUCUAAUUCAUGGUUCAUCAGUCGCAAGGAGAAGCUCUAUACAAGCCGCAUAAUCGCCAAGCCUUUUGGUAAGAUUCCACUAGGGCAUAAAACCGACGGCUAUUUCUUCACAAUUUCCAGACCUAUUACAGAGAAUCGCCUAAGAUUCUCCGCUAGAGAUGAUUCGGAAAGUGAGCCGUCAUCUUCCUCGAUCGCGGUGGUUUCAGACGAGACGGGCGGCGGAAAUGACAGCGAGAAGGCGGAACUGUCAGCCGGAGAAGAUGAGAGUAAAGAGAGAGAGAAACAGCAGGAAAUGGAUUGGAAGACAGACGAGGAGUUCAAGAAGUUCAUGGGAAAUCCUUCGAUCGAAGCUGCCUUAAAGCUGGAGAAGAAGAGGGCGGAUAGGAAGCUGAAGGAGCUUGAUCGUGAAGGUGCCGAUAAUCCGAUUGUGGGAUUGUUUAAUAGAAUUGCCCGGGAUAAUUUGACAAAAGAGAAGGAGAGGUUAGAGAAGGCUGAAGAGACUUUCAAGGCUCUUGAUCUCAACAAGCUAAAGAGUUGCUUUGGAUUCAAUACAUUUUUUGCAACUGAUGUACGUAGAUUUGGAGAUGGAGGUAUUUUCAUUGGGAACUUGAGGAGACCCAUUGAAGAGGUGAUUCCCCAGUUGGAGAAAAAGUUGUCGGAGGCAGCAGGAAGGGAGGUAGUCCUAUGGUUCAUGGAAGAGAAAACAGAUGAUAUCACAAAACAGGUCUGCGUGGUGCAACCCAAGGCAGAAAUAGAUCUCCAAUUUGAGUCUACAAAGCUGAGUACUCCAUUGGGGUAUUUUAGUGCAAUAACUUUAUGUGUUGCGACUUUCGGGACUAUUGCUUUGAUGAGUGGCUUCUUCCUAAAACCUGGUGCUACUAUUGAUGAUUAUAUAGCUAAUGUUGUACCCCUCUUUGGUGGCUUCAUCUCUAUUUUGGGAGUUUCGGAGAUAGCAACAAGGGUGACAGCAGCUCGUUAUGGCGUGAAGCUAAGUCCUUCUUUUCUUGUGCCUUCCAAUUGGACGGGAUGCUUAGGAGUGAUGAAUAACUAUGAAUCGCCACUUCCAAACAAGAAAGCGCUUUUUGAUAUUCCUGUAGCACGUACGGCUUCUGCAUAUUUAACGUCGUUGGUGCUUGCAAUCUCUGCUUUUGUAAUUGACGGUGGCUUUAAUGGCGGAGACAAUGCAUUGUACAUUAGACCUCAAUUCUUUUACAACAAUCCCUUGCUUUCUUUUAUCCAGUUUGUUAUUGGACCUUACACAGAUGACCUUGGCAAUGUACUGCCCUAUGCAGUGGAAGGUGUUGGAGUCCCUGUGGAUCCCCUUGCUUUUGCUGGCCUUUUAGGGAUGGUAGUGACAUCUUUGAACUUGUUGCCAUGUGGGAGGCUCGAAGGAGGCCGCAUUGCGCAAGCCAUGUUCGGGAGAAGCACUGCUGCCCUACUGUCGUUUGCCACGUCGCUUGUACUUGGUAUAGGCGGAUUGAGCGGGAGUGUCCUUUGUUUGGCAUGGGGUUUGUUUGCUACUUUCUUUCGAGGCGGUGAAGAAAUCCCCGCAACAGACGAGAUCACUCCCUUGGGAGAUGAUCGGUAUGCUUGGGGCGUCGUCCUUGGCCUCAUUUGCUUCCUUACCUUGUUCCCUAAUGGCGGAGGCACGUUCUCAAGUCCAUUCAUCAGUGCACCAUUUUUCAGGGGUGAUUUAUGAAGUGUAGAUACAGUUUGUCACUUGACUGCAGAUAAAAAUGAGAGCAUCAAACUAACUGAAAGAAGAAUGGAGCGUUUUUGUGCAUGGAAUCUCUACUUUUGAUAGAAAAUGGAGGAUUUUUUUUUAAUAGUAUUUUAUCAUCCAGUCUAAAAUCUUGUUAAGUUAGGCUGAUCUGUUGAUAACCUCUUCUAAUUUCAACCAGGAUGUGUACUUCCAUUAUCAUAAUGUUUUAUACUUUUUUUUUAAAUGGUUUUACAA